CUUGUGCACCUUCAUGCAUUUGCUGCUGUGAUAGACACUGAGGGCUGCCUGACAAGCCCUCCUUUUCCAUGGAUAUGAAAUGAGUGUCUCCAAGGCAGGUCUUUAUAGCUCAAAGGCAAUUUAGAGACAACUCUGUCUAACUUCCUCUUUUUACUGAAAAAGAAGCAGGAUCCCAGGGAGUGUGGCGACUCUAAGUGUAGCCAUCACUAAGGGCAGAGGAAAUCUGGACUGUGGUUCGCUAAAUCCUUUCCAUCAUUUAGCAGAGAGAAGCUAUGACCCAAAUAGUGUGACAUGCGAGGUGAGGAGGGGGUGUCGCGGGGAGAGGGUUGGCUAUUCUGGAGGAACAAUGUAUGUGAAACCCUCCUUUUAACUUCCUUAGUUACAGGCUUCCUGCCAGUCUUCCAUUAUGGAAAGAAUAUAAACUCCCUUCCCUGCCCUCAUUUGAUCUAGCUCUGAUUCAAUGGGAUUUUAGAACCAUGGGCCUGAGAAGGAACUGAGAGGUUGUUGUGUGCAGUGGUUAGGAGGGAAGUGGUAGUCAGACAGACUUUGAAUUGGACCCCAUCUCUGCCUGAUACCUGUUGGCACUGUGACCAUGGAAAUUCAAACUAUGAUGGCAGCUCAACUGGACAGUACUCCUUACAACUUCAGUGAAUCCAGGACCGGCCAUGGGCUUGGAAAUCAAGAUUCCGAACUGCGACUUGUCUUAGUGGGUAAGACUGGAGCAGGAAAAAGUGCCACAGGAAAUAGCAUCCUUGGAAAGAAAGCAUUCAAUUCCAGCAUUGCAGCAAAAUCUAUCACCAAGGCCUGUCAGAAAGAGAGAAGCAUGUGGAAUGGGAAAGAAAUAGUUGUCGUGGACACACCUGGCAUUUUUGACACUGAGGUACCGGAUGCUGACACACAAAGGGAGAUUGCUAAUUGCAUCCUCCUGACUUCCCCUGGCCCUCACGCUGUUCUCCUGGUGGUCCCGCUGGGCAGAUAUACCAAAGAAGAGAAAAAGGCAGUGGAGAAGUUGCUGUCAAUGUUUGGACCCAAAGCUAGGAGAUACAUGAUUCUCUUAUUCACCCGGAAAGAUGACUUGGAUGGCAUGGAGUUCCAUGAUUACUUAAAGGAAGCUCCACAAGGCAUUCAAGAUCUGAUAGAGCAGUUCACGGAUCGUCACUGUGAGUUCAACAAUAAGGCAACAGGGGCUGAACAGGAGGCUCAGAGGGCACAGCUGCUGGAAUUAGUCCAGCGCAUGGUGAUGGAGAACCAGGGAGGAUGCUAUACUAAUACUAUGUACCAAAGGGCUGAGGCGGAGAUUCAGAAACAAAUUCAAGUGAUACAAGAACAACUUAGAAAAGAGUUGGAGAGAGAGAAGAGGCAGUUAGUAAAGGAGCAUGAAGAAAAAAUCAGAAAGCUGGAGGAUAAACUAGAGCAAGAAAAGAGCAAGGCAGAAAUGAAGAGGGAAUUGGCAGAAAGGGAGAGUCACUAUGUUUUCAGGCAGGAAAAUGCCAGAAGUGAAGUUGAGAGUCAGAAAGGGAUGCUUGACAUAAUCUUGGAAGCAUUAAAGGUUGCUCACUGUUUAUUCUCAUUUCUGUUCAAGGAAGGUAAAGCUUAAUGAAAAUCUGUGUAUGUCUCCUGCAUAUUUUCAAGUGUUCCUCCCCCACAAAUCUCAUUCCCCCAAAAUCUGUUUCUAUCUCUCAAGCUCUCAGGACUGUAGUAAAGUUUUUUGUUGUCAAUUAGUAGAUAUUUCAUUUAUUCUACAAGAAGAGACACAUUCUCAAUUUGUAAAACUCCAAAGCAGAAAGUAUGGAUAAUCCCUAUCUACUGAGCUCUUUCUCAGAAACAGAGAAGGGGAAUGCAUGAGACCAAAAGACGGUGACUACAAGCUUUCUGUAUUUAUCCCUAGUAACCAUUUCUCCUCUAGAAUCUUCCUAGAUUGUUACAUAAUCUCCACCUGUGACUUCUUCACAUUUUAACCUUUGGAAUGACAAUGAUCAUUUUACUUAUGUUGUUAGAUAAAUGAAUUAUUUUUAUUAGGUAAUGGAUAGCUAGAGAUACUUAUAGAAUUCUUUCUAAAUGACCAUAAAUUUGUUGAAUUACAUUCUUAUGGAAAGAUUGAAGUUGUUCCUUAUUAUCUUCCCACUGAACAACAGAGUUCUCUGAAAAACAGAUUUCUUAGAACUCAACUAAGUGAAAUGUCAUAAAGAGUAAAAGACAGAGAUUCAACAGCUAAGAGAACAAUGUUCAGUAUAUUCAGAUGUUUCAGUGGAUAGUCUUUGAGCAACAUAUAUGUAACCACUUCACUGAAUAACUAGUUUUGUCCUUUUCUUGUGAAACUCACUGUGGCCACCACAUUGCCAACACUCCUCACCUUGAUUACUUACUGCGAGGUGCUUCAUUCCCACAUGGUUUCCCCCACCCAUUACAAUUGUUUGCUCAUUGUUACUAUAA